CUAACGUGGUUGGGAAAAUAUAAUAGUAAUGUAGUAUUAGGUUAUUUUAGUAGAAAUUUAAAAUACAAUUUAAAGGCUACUUUUCCAUUAACUAUGUUAGGCUACUAUAAACGACCCACGAAUAUGUUUCGAGAUUACACUGUGCUUUCAUAAUACUCAACGUGACAGUUGUUGAUCAAGAUAGUGGACUUUGCUCUGUUUGAAACUUUGUUUUGGAGAGGGUAACGUUUGUUCAAUAGCAUAGCUAGUCGACCUAUUAUAUCGCGGAGAAUUAGCGAUUGUUUCUGCUUGGGUACUUGUAGUUAAUAUCGAACGAAAGCUCAAGUUCAAAUUCAACAUAACAUUUAAAAUCAAAUCACAAACAUGGCAAAUCGACCAGUGCAGAAGGAGACCAGCAGCCAACCACACUUUCUACAGUUCAACAACCUCGCAUGUGAAACAGCCGGAGGAAAGGUGAUUUUUGCUACAGAUGAGUGGUUUGCCCCUGCUAGAAAUCUUUUGAAGAGAGACCCUCCAGAAUUCAUACCCUCAGCGUUUACUGAGUACGGAAAAUGGAUGGAUGGCUGGGAAACCAGGAGGAAAAGAAUUCCAGGUCACGACUGGUGCAUCAUUCAGUUAGGAGUUCCAGGAAUUAUUCAUGGCUUUGAUGUGGACACAUCCUUCUUCACGGGGAACUAUGCACCAUACGCCUCCAUUCAAGCUGCGUGUCUUGAUCAGAUGCCAUCAUUCACUCUCGAAGGAGAUCGUAUAGGCAUGGCAGCUUCCCCAAGCCAGUUUGAAGCUGUGGCACAGCUUAACUCUGAGAGCUGGAAAGAGCUUGUCCCGAUGACAAAGCUGAAGCCGGGGUACUCUGAAUCAUGCCACAACUACCUGAACGUCACCUACCCGCACAGAGUUACCCAUAUCCGCCUUAACAUGUAUCCAGAUGGCGGCAUUGCGAGGCUAAAAGUUUAUGGCAUUGGGAAGAAGGACUGGUCCACUGUGUCUAGUCAAGACCUAGUGGAUCUUGUUGCCCUUGUCAAUGGAGGCGUAUGCGUAGGCUUCAGCGAUGCCCACUACGGUCACCCACGCAAUAUGAUUGGUCUAGGGAGGGCUGACAACAUGGGUGAUGGAUGGGAGACAGCCAGACGCCUGGAUCGGCCCAAAGUUUUAAAGGUGGAUGAGAAAGGCAUAUUACAGGUGCCAGGCUUUGAGUGGGCUAUUUUCAGACUGGGACAUCCUGGCAUCAUAAGUAAAAUUGAGGUAGACACCAACCACUUUAAAGGAAAUUUCCCAGACUCCUGCAAGAUUGAGGGCUGCAGUUUGACCCCAGAUGAGGAGAACAUCCUAAUUCGUAACCAGUGGCGCUCUGACAAAACCCCUAAGUGGAGAAUUCUUUUUCCUCCUCAAAAACUGAAGGCACACCACAGACAUUUGUUUUCUGGGGACUCUGUGGUGCAGUGUGGGCCUGUGACUCAUGUGCGUCUGGUCAUAGCUCCCGACGGAGGAGUCAGCAGAUUCAGAGUCUGGGGUCGAGCGGUGUCAAACAACAUGACUCGUCUUCAGCAAAUCUCCAAACUGUAAUGCCAUGAAGUAUAGUAUACAGUAUACAAUCCAAUACUGUACGUUUAUCUAAUAGCCUUUGCAAUGAUACAAUAUACAAUUGUAGACUAUUGUUUCAGAAUACCUUAAUAAAAUACUCUAAUAAUAACUAAUAAAAUGCGUUGUCACUUAUAUUGCCAAAUCUGACAUUUUAGAUAUAAAAAAGUUUUGAAAAUGCAUAUUAUAUAUGUAAUACAGUUCUGCUUGCACACAUCAUGAAAACCUCUCUGAAAUCAAAAAUAAAAACUGUAAAAAUAUUA